GGGGGAGAAGAGAAAGUCUGUGCGUGGGAGGGCUGUGUGUGGGAGCAGCAGUGAGAGAAAGGGCAGGAGAGCUGACUUCCCCCUUUUGGUGAUGAAAGAGGAAAUGCUGGAGAGUUUGUGAGCUCGAUGGAGAUUAUGGAGUCCAGAUGGAGGAUUUUGUGGGGCUGGAUCGAGACUUUUUCGGGCCACAGGGAGAUCUGGCAGCUGCAUGAAAGAUCUGCAGUCUCGAUGGAGGUUUGGGGCUGGAUAGAAAUAUUGGGUUGGUUGGAGGCUUUGGGUCUGAAUGGAGCCUUGUGGGCCUGGAUGCAGAGAUUGUGUCUGCCUGUAGAGAUCAGAGUUGCAUGGAGAUUUAGGGGCUCGAUGGAGGUUUCAGGGGGGAUGGAGAUUUUUGGGGAUGGGUGCCAUUUAUGGCGCUGGAUGGUGGAUGUGGGGACUGAACAGAGUUUUUUUGGGUGGAUGGAUGGGCAGAUGAGUAACAGAGUGAUGGGAAGCAGCCCACACAGCUGGGAAUCUGUCCUCAAGGACAGGGAGAGGAGCAGAGCUGCCAGAUGUGUAAGGCCGCUUUGCUCAGGGCACAAGAGCUCUCCAUCCCCAGUGCAGGCAGUCCGGAAAGGAAGGCAAGAGAGCAGCAUGGCUGAAGCGGGACCUGCUGGUCAAAGUGGAGAGCAAGAAGCAGAUGCACAGGCAGUGUCAGCAGGGCCAGGGAGCCUGGCAGGAGGGUGGUGCUGGUGCUGGUCUGUGUGGGGCUGGGGGCAGGAAGGCCAAGGCCCAGCUGGAACUGGACUUGGUGAGGGGUGCAAAGAAGAACGAGGAAGGCUUCGACAGGGCUGUCAACCUGAAAAGGAAAGCCCAGGAGGGCGAACCCAUCAGUGAGCAAUGCAGGCAGGCUGGAAACAACAGACAAGUAGAAGGCUGACUCCUUCAUGGGGUAUAUGGGUUCUGCACACUGCCUCUGUGUGUCAGUAGAUUCAAUCAGACUCAAAAAUGCUGUCUCACAUUCUGAGAGCAAGGCAAGGUCCAUCCCUUGUUCCUGUCCUUCUAAUUCAGACCGCGGAAUGAUUUCCUGAUCUGAUGGGUCUGGCAGCACCACACACCCUCGCUGAGUGCUAUUCCGUUCAGCAGGGAAUUGGCUCUGCAGGGCUGCCAAUGGCCCCUGCCAGGAUUUCAGCCUUCCAUCAGCAGUGUGUUGAAUGACAGCCUCUCCUUCUGGGCUGUCAGCAGCGCUGCUCCCAACACAGCGCACGCUGUGUGGUUCUGAGCCCAAGGCAUUCCCGGUGGGGAAGGGCACACAGUGCCCCUUUUCAGCUCCUCAGGAACAGGGGAGCAGCCCAGCACUGGCAUUUCCCAGGCAGCCAUGGCUUGCCCAUUCCUGGGCCUGUCCCAGCAUGGAGCUUUCCUGGGGGAGAGCUGAGAGGUCACCUCUGAACCUUUCCGGACCUGUCACGGGCACAGCUUUAUCUACAUAACUCUGUGACACCAGAGAAGCUGCAUUUCUUGAUGUCUCCUUUCUGCCAGGUGGUGACUUCAAUCAUUGCAUGAGCGCUCUCAUCCUCCCUUCUGCACCAGCACUGCAACUCCUCAAAAUGGACCAUGAUUGCUUUCCUCCCUGCAUCUCUCUCUCUUACGUUCCUUCUCUGCUUCUCUCCAAUUUCUCUCCUUUCUUUUCCUCUCUCUUCCUCAUUUUCCUCCCAGUCAUCUUUUACUCUUCUCCUGCAGCAGCCAUGAACCAUGACAGCCCAGGGUUGAGAGCGUGUGGGGCACCUCAACAGACGCAGUGUGCAGAGUGCAUCUCUCCACUUGUCGCACCCCAGGGGGCCCCACAGUGCAACCACCCCUGUGUGCUAAUAUGUCCACAUCAGGAGGUGACAUCAUAUCUUCCUGAAAAAGGGGAACUGACAGCAGCUCUCCGGCCACUUCCUUUCCCCUCUGCAGUCUCACUGUCACAAGCUGCUCCUGCCUUAUGGCACCAUUGGCGGCGGCCCUCAUUCUCAGUGAGUGACCAUGGGGACGUGGUGCCACGGGGGUUGGUGGCACAGUGUGAGACCAGGACCGUGUCCCUUGCAGGUUGGUGGCUGGUGGCAGCGAGCAGGGCACAGCAAGUGCCCCGACCCUCCCUGUCACUGCGCCCCAGCCAGGGGGUGUCCCUGGGGGAUCCUGUCACCCUGCGCUGCCACCUGCCCCACAUGGCUGCCUGGGUCUGGUUGUACCACGAAGAAGGUCGGUCGUACAACAAAGGGAAGAAGAAGGAGCAGGACGCGGCCGCGUUCUUUUUUGUUAGCACACUGCAGGAACACGCAGGUCGUUACUGGUGUCAGUACCGGGUGUCUGAGUCAGCCGAGUUGUCAGUGGAGAGUGACCCCGUGGAGCUGGUGCUGACAGAUCUCAGAUAUCCCCCAUGCAGAAUUUCCCUUCACCCUGAGCAACAUGUGGGAACUGGGACCAAUGUCACCAUCAGCUGCUGGAACAAGGACUACGGGGCCACCUUCCUCUUGCACAAGGAUGGGAGCUCAGAUCCUAUCCAGCGCCAGGAGUCCAGUGGUGGGGGCACAGCCACUUUCACCCUCUUUGGAGUGACCCCAGCUGACAGUGGCACUCUACAGGUGCUCCUAUCCGCCCCUGGCACUACGCCUUCAUUGUCCUCACCCCUUGGGGACAGCGUGAUGCUGGAGGUGACACCCACAGCUGCACCCCCAGGGACACCCAAACUCCCAGACCCCACAGGUACUGAGGAGCAGUCCCGUGCCAAUGUGGUGAUGGCACUGGUGAGGGGCUUUGUGGCUGCACUCGUCUUUGGCCUCGGAGUCUUCUUUGUCAUCGAUGCCCGCAGCCUCUGGAUACGGAGAGAUGACAACUGUGUCUCGCUGUCCCCAGGCUGCUCCUGCCUCAUGGCACCAAUGGCGGUGGCUCUGUGAGAGGUAGAUUGUGUUUUUGCAGUGGAAAUUUCCAGUAUUUCUGUAUGUAGCCCAGGAUAAGUGGCCUUUCCCAAAGAAAGUUGCUGAACAGAGUAAAGUUGAGAGUGGGGAGUUACGACCGAGGUAGAAUUGGCACAGGCACUAGGGUAAAGGUGAGAGUCAAAACGAGUGACAGUAUUGUCCUCGUAUCGCUAUAAAAAGUCCAGAACAUACCCAAAGGCAAU